AGUUCUCUGUUUUUAGUCUCCUUUUCAAAGAAUCAUAGAAAGGUCCAAAGUGGCCGAUCGUGUAAAGUAGCCUGGGUUUGAACUGUAAACCCAGGUACCCAACUCACCAUUGUUGGGGGUCUAUUGGUUUGUACUAGUGGCUCACUGGCUCUGUGUGACUGUGUCUGUGGCUGAGAUAUGCAAGAGGCUAAACAGCUAUUUUACUUGCCUCCUUUUCGAAGUUCCUUUGUGUGGAUAAGGCUUAUAAAGAAGGGAAAGUACUAUUUACGACAAGCAGCUGUAUCGCCUCUUGCAGCAACAGCUUUUCAAAAUCUGGGACGGGAGCUCCUCUCUCGAACGCUUUACAUCUCAAGACGCCGUAGGAAACUUGAGUAAAGAUACGCUUUUCCUCUUGUUCUACUCCAAUAUAUUAUAUAGAAAUCUUCCCGGACUCCUCCAUCUUUUCCCCUUUCUUGUUUAUCUCUGUGGAAAGCUUUCUGGGUCUCAUAAAUGGAGGAUCAAAUGGUCUCAUCUUUAGACGGUAGGAAUGGUAGUAUCAGUAGAAGUAACAGCYYUGUCGUGAACCUUUAUCCCCUCAGUUGUUACUACUUUGGAUCCAAAGAAGCUGUUACCAUCAGGGAUGAAACCUUGGCCGAUCGUGUACAGCGCAUGAGGACCAACUAUGCUGCAAACGGGUUAAGGACUUGUGUGGAAGCAGUCAUGUUGGUAGAGCUGUUCAAACAUCCUCAUUUGUUAGUACUACAAGUAAGGAAUUCCUUCUAUAAGCUUCCUGGUGGCCGCUUACGACCGGGUGAAUCAGACACCGACGGACUGAAGCGCAAGCUUUCAAGAAAGCUCUCUGUUAAUGAAGAUGGCACCAGUACUGAGUGGGCGGUUGGAGAAUGCCUUGGAAUGUGGUGGAGGCCUGACUAUGAAACUUUGAUUUAUCCAUAUUUGUCACCAAAUGUAAAAAAGCCUAAGGAAUGUAUAAAACUCUUUCUUGUAAGGUUGCCGGAGAGUAGAAAGUUCAUUGUACCGAGAAACAUGAAAUUGCUUGCUGUUCCACUGUCUCAGAUUCAUGAAAACCAUAAGACAUAUGGUCCAAUAAUUUCUGGAGUUCCACAGUUGCUGUCUAAAUUCUCCUUCAACAUCAUUGAAGCCUGAGUUGUACCUUUCAAUUGGGACCAUCUGGUUAUAGGGUUGAAGUAUGGAAGAACAAAUUUUGGAAAAUGAGAUAUAUCUGAAAGGGAUGGGUCAUAUGGAUGACUUUAGAUACUGUGUUAACUCUGCAGAGUGGUUAUGGAUAUCAUAGCCUUGUAGAGGUAGUUGCUCUGUCAUAGCUUCAACAAAUUUUGAGAUGUUUUUCAAUACAAGUCUUCCUGUUCAGUGUGUUCACAUUAUUUGUGCAAAUAUUACUCUCACUCUGUCAAUGUUUAGUCUGUUUGAUUACAAAAGAAUCAAGUUUUGAUCAGUCAGUUGCUAUA